GCGGGUGGUUGAGGAGAGCGGUGGUGGUGCUGCGGGUGUGAGGUCUCGAGCGCGAGGUGGUGGUGCUGCGGGUGUGAGGUCUCGAGCGCUAGGUAGCGGGAGGUGUCGUCAAGUAAUUCUGUCGCAAUGGCCGCCGGCGCUGCGACGACGGUAGUCGGGGGGGUGGCGAUGGUGGGCGCGAGUGGUGCGGCGGGGUCCAUCUCCUUCAAGGCAACGUCAGGAAUUGGCGGGAAUCGAUCCCCAGAUGGCUGCGCGCUUGACGGCGUCAAGUGCGCACGUGCAUCCUCAUCGCUUGCCGGUGGCGGCGGCACCCUUGCUGCAGCGGCGGCGGCGGCCUUCCGCCUUCGGUCGUCCCCCGUCAUCUCCCGCGUGAAUUGCGCCAAGUGCGUUCGCCAUCGCGUUUCUGUAGGUUCUUCUUCUUCCUCCUCGUCGUGCGGGUCGGCUUUCUCGUCUCUCCGCUCGGAGGCGUUCCGCGGGACGCCGCUUUGCGCGCCUGUAGAGGCAGCGGAGGAAGGGCGGCGCUGCGCGAGGGCUAAAGGAACCGCAGGAGGGCGGGAAAAGAAAUCAAUCUAUCGGCUCCACGUGGCAGCCGCCGCAGCCGGCGAGAGCUUCGACUACGACCUGGUUAUCAUAGGCGCGGGAGUGGGCGGGCACGGCGCGGCGCUGCACGCCGUCGAGCAAGGCCUCAAGACUGCCAUCAUAGAGGGCGACAUUGUGGGUGGCACUUGCGUCAACAGAGGCUGUGUCCCUUCCAAGGCCUUGUUGGCGGUCUCUGGGCGAAUGCGCGAGCUGCGCGACGAACAGCACCUCAAAGCGCUGGGUAUACACGUGUCAGGCGCAGGCUACGACCGGCAACUCGUCGCAGACCACGCGCAGAAUCUGGCGACCAAGAUCCGCAACAAUCUGGCCAACUCCAUGACCGCUCUCGGUGUCGAGAUCCUGACCGGCACUGGCUCUCUCCAAGGCCCUCAUCGCGUUAAGUACGGCAAAGUCGGCUAUCCCGACAAGCAGGUGACUGCGAAGAACAUCAUCAUAGCCACAGGAUCCGUCCCGUUCGUUCCGCCUGGGAUAGAGAUCGACGGCAAGAGCGUGCUCACCAGCGACCACGCCUUGAAGCUCGAACGGGUCCCCGAUUGGGUGGCCAUCGUGGGCAGCGGCUACAUUGGGUUGGAGUUCAGUGACGUGUACACGGCUCUAGGGAGUGAGGUGACCUUCGUCGAGGCGCUGGAGACGUUGAUGCCUGGUUUUGAUCCCGAGAUCGGACGGAUGGCACAGCGACUGCUAAUCAACCCGCGGAAGAUCGACUACCAUACCGGCGUGUUUGCCAAGAAGAUCACGCCUGCCAAGGAUGGUAAUCCUGUGGUUAUCGAGCUGAUUGACGCGAAGACCAAAGAAGACGUCGAUACGUUGUACGUGGACGCUGCUCUCAUUGCCACUGGAAGGGCGCCCUACACUAAGGGGUUGGGACUGAGCAAUGCGGGAGUGGAGACGCAGAGGGGUUUCGUACCCGUUGACAGCCGGAUGCGCGUGCUGGACAAGGACGGGGAGGUGGUCCCAGGACUCUACUGCAUUGGAGAUGCGAAUGGGAAACUGAUGCUGGCGCACGCUGCCAGCGCUCAAGGAAUCUCGGCCGUCGAAAACAUGUGCGGCCGGGAUCACGAGGUCAAUCACUUAGCCGUUCCCGCCGCCUGUUUCACGCAUCCGGAGAUCAGCUUCGUUGGGCUUACCGAGCCUCAGGCUCGGUCUAAAGCUGAGGAAGAGGGGUUCGCCGUUGGGGUUGCCAAGACCAGCUUCAAGGCCAACUCGAAGGCGCUUGCUGAGAACGAGGGGGAAGGGAUGGCUAAGGUGAUUUACCGCAUGGACACGGGAGAUAUUCUAGGGCUGCAUAUCAUUGGCCUCCACGCGGCUGAUCUUAUUCAUGAAGCUUCCAAUGCUAUUGCGCUUGGGCAGAGGAUCCAAGACUUGAAGUUCGCUGUGCAUGCCCAUCCCACCCUCUCUGAGGUGCUAGAUGAGCUCUUCAAACAUGCCAAGCUUCCACAGAAAGAGUCGUUGCUGGAGCCCCAGACAGUGGUUGCAUGAGAGGGAGAAGGGGGGGGGAGGGAGCGGGAGAAAAACAAUAGCGAGAGGGGUAGAGCGAAGGAGAGAGGUCAGGGGGAAGAGAUCUCGACGCGCAGGUGGAGGGAGGGAGGGUGUAGACCAACUUUCCAUUAAAGGAAUCUCACGCUUGAGCAUACACAGGUCCUGUGGUAGCUCGCUCUAGCGCGUCGUCUUACGCGCUAUAGCAGAGGAGCGUUUGAAGAAAGUGAGUGCAGGGUGGAGAGCGUGAGGAGGAGUAGGACACAGGAAACGAGAAAGGAGGGGUCUCAUGCGGUUAAAGUGUGGCUUGAUGGACUCUGCAAAAACCUCAAGGAGGUCCUGCAGAAGUCGGAGCUGAGCGCUGAGCGCGCUGGGCCGGAAGCGAGAUCUCGCUCAGAAACACGACUGCAGACGUAAGGUAGUGGACGAUGAUGGGGGAGAGAGAAAAGGAGAAGUUGAAGGUUGUGCAUCGCAUGCAAUCUGCUUGAGAUAUUCAUUCAUCGACAUUCAGUCAAUGCUGCCCGGCCGGAGUCCUCGGUGGAAUUGUUCGACCUGCCAGGAUAGCUUUAUCUUCUUGUGGCUGUAGGCGCGAAAGAAGUGAGGAGAGAGAGGGGUUGGAAGAGUUGUCCGAGCUGCCAGGAUAGCUUUAUCUUCGUGUGGCUGUAGGCGCGAAAGAAGAGAGGAGAGAGAGGGGUUGGAAGAGAGGGAGGAAUGGGAAGAGUGGGAGGGAGGACAGGGAAGAGGGAAGGGCUCACGUAGAGGAGAGAGAGGGGUUGGAAGAGAGGGAGAAAUGGGAAGAGUGGGAGGGAGUACAGGGAAGAGGGAAGGGCUCACGUAGAGGAGAGAGAGGGGUUGGAAGAGUUGUCCGAGCUGCCAGGAUAGCUUUGUGUGGCUGUAGGCGCGAAAGAAGGGAGGAGAGAGAGGGGUUGGAAGAGAGGGAGGAAUGGGAAGAGCGGGAGGGAGGAUAGGGAAGAGGGAAGGGCUCACGUAGAUCAUUAUCAUCUUCAGAAGAAGCUGCGCUCAUUGCUCAUCGAGGCAGUAGAAUAGGUAGGGAGGGGGAGGAAGGGGGAGGGGGGGCAAAAUUGAAGUCCGUGUGGUUUUGUUACUGUGGAGGAUCUGCUAGAGGAAGUAUAAUUGGGAUUGUUUGCUGAGGUGCACAUUGUGAAUUAGUUGCAGUUAGUGAGGUCGGUAGAGAAGUAGUGGGUAGUUUUUUAGCUGAUGGUUGCCGUGGUUGUACACGUUAUUGAUUGAUGUUUGCUCGCUUUCCCUAGAGUCUCUCUCCUCCUGUUUGUUUCUUCUUUCUUCUCUCUUCUUCGUGUUGCUUGUCCUUCCUCCUCCUCGUCGUCUGUGCUCAUCGUCUUAAUUAAUCUGCCAGCUUGGCAUGGGGCUCUCCCGGGAGGUCUCUCUCGGGAAUGGGUAAUGGCAAACUCGUGGUCAGAGGGGAACGUGGAGGUGGUGAGUAGACGGGAUGGAAGGAACGCCCCACCCUCCUCGGGAGGUAUCUCCCGCGGGGUGAGCCCGGGCAGUCAGGCGCCGGCCGAACGCAUCCCUCGAACCCAUGCUGGCGUUCACUCAGAGAAGUUCGCUGUGACGGUCAGCAGCAAGCAAGGAGGAGGGUAGGUAUAUAAAAGGAUGGACCAGAUCAGAGGUGUUUACCUCGUUCUAGAGCCGAGGGCCGAUUGGGGGGGUGCGUGGGGGCGCGGGAAGUAGAGGACGUAUUGGUGAAUAAACGUGUAGGUGAGAGAGAGAUUGAGAGAGAGAGAGAGAGAGAGAGAGAGAGAGAGAGAGAGAGAGAGAGAGAGAGAGAGAGAGAGAGGUGCACGUCAUGAUGGUAGGAAACCAAGGAAAGCAACUGCUGACACACAGCGAGAGAGAGAGAGAGAGGUGGUAUUGUGUGUACCUGCAAAAGUGUGUUAUGUCUGUGUGUGUGUGUGUGUGUGUGUGAGAGAGAGAGAGAGAGAGAGAGAGAGAGAGAGAGAGAGGUUGCGGGCUAGUGUGCUAUUGUGAGGCAUUUUUAAACCGAUGGUCGGACAUGAUUGGCGUACUCUGUCUGGUCUGCCCGUGCCAGGUUGGUUGAGCCUGGCCCCUCUUAGGGAAACUUUCCCAGGGAAAUUCUCUGUGGUGGAGUAUGAGAUCUCUUAGACCAACUCUGUUUACUCUGGGGUAGUUCUGGUCGUGAAUGUUUCGUCUCGACCGCUGGAUAAACGAUGGUUAGUUAUCCACUCAUCGUGACUCGAACGCUAGUAUAAACGCUGGUUAGUUAUCCACGCCUUAAAUCCAUUUUUGGUGAACUGUUAAGGCCUACGUUGUACCUGCCUGGGGUCUUGCUGGCAGAGGCUGUGAUCCAUUGUUACUGGAUUUUGCUCCAACCAGUGUUUGAACUCCAUUGGUCAAUAAAAGAGAGGUCGACGCCUAGGCUGUCUGUGCUAUUGUAUUGUCCGAUUGCGAUUCCGGUCAAAUCUGUUAGCUGGUAGUAGCUGGUAGAUCAAUACUGUGGUGCUCUAGGUUUGGGCACGAAACACAGAAGUCAACCUGUCUCUUAAAGAGGUCAGCCCUAACUUUCUUCUGUUGUAUCAGGACUUGAACUGAUCAUCUGUUCAUUCAUCGGCACCGACAUGUGUACCAUUCAGCCGAGAGGUAGGGUGCAACUGGUACUCGACAUUUGGAAGGCUUUCAGAUAUUUGAUCGGGGUUGGAGGAUGAGAAGGGGGGAGUAGGGUGAGAGGUGAAAGGAAUGUGGUGACAACCGUUUGUGAUUAUAGGAGAUAUUCCGCUCGAGCCGGGAUUUCAUUGGACAAUUUAAGUCCGAGCUCUC